UCUUUUCCUGACUAACAUUCAUUUGUGUGAUGAGGGAAUCUGUUGGCAUAAUACAUUACUAAGCAGCCACUUUUGUGGACUGAUUCAGAAGAUGUACGAGACGGAAAUUGAUAGAAUCGUUAGCAAUUAGUGUAAUAAUAAACGACUGGUUUUCUUCUUGAUGGUUAUAUAUAAAUAUAACAAAAUCGGCGAUCAGUUUUAUUUAUAGAAUCCCAUGACUUACGAUUAUGGGCAUCCGUUAUUCUGUAGUAAAUAUGCCAGGAUUUACAAUGCUGCGGCAAAACAAGGAUUGCACAUUUUUGCUGAGUUUUUGCCUACUUACUGUAAAUUUUUCAUCUGCAAGUCUGGAUGCUGAAAGGUUGUAUUCGUACUUAAUGCGAGAUUAUAAUAAGUUGGUGAGACCGGUCGUUGCAAAUGGGGAUGUUUUGGAACUGAAGAUGAGCUUAAAACUAACGCAGCUAAUUGGUGUGGACGAAGUCAAUCAAGUUUUGACUACCAACAUGAUAGUGCGACAGAAAUGGAACGAUUACAAAUUGAGCUGGAAUCCCGAUCACUUUGGUGGAAUCAAUUAUCUUGACAUUCCAAGCGAAAACAUUUGGCUGCCGGAUGUGGUGUUAUAUUUCAAUGCGGAAGGGACCUACCAAAUUACGACAAUGACAAAAUUAAUGGUCAAUUACACUGGGGACAUCACCUGGGAGCCACCAGUGAUUUACAAAAGCUACUGCCCGAUAAACGUCACCUACUUUCCGUAUGAUAAACAAACAUGCAAAAUGAAGUUUGGAUCCUGGACUUACGAUGCAUCUCUAGUUAAUUUAACACCAGAACGAGGAUUUACUGAUGAUUUUAAAGAAAUACUAAUUGGAAUGGAUCUGUCAGAAUACAAGCCCAGCAUCGAAUGGGAUAUUUUGGAGGCAUCUGCAAUGCGUCGUAAGGAAGUGUUCUCUUAUGGCACGUUUGUGGACAUCACAUACACCAUUGAGAUCCGCAGAAAGGCUUUGUUCUACACAGUCAAUCUGAUGAUUCCUUGCGUUUUGAUCUCCUUCCUUACUGUUUUCGUAUUUUAUCUUCCAAUCGACAGUGGAGAAAAGGUCACGUUGUGCAUCUCGAUACUGUUGUCCUUAACGGUGUUUAUUCUUCUGCUCGCGGAGGUGAGUCCCUUUCGAAACCACGAUUUGAAAGUUGAUCUUAAAACAUCAGUUUUAUUGCAGAUUAUCCCGCCGACAUCCUUAGCAGUUCCGCUAAUGGGCAGGUAUCUGCUGUUUACGCUGAUUAUGGUCACCUGCAGCAUCGCAAUUACAAUUUUGGUUAUUAACGUUCAUUUUCGCAAUCCUUCGACGCACAUUAUGCGGCCAUGGAUACGUCGGAUCUUCAUCGACCUCUUGCCAAAACUUUUGCUAAUGGAUCGACCACCGGAAGCCACAUUACAACAUAUCCCAGACAACGACUGCGAAGCAAGCCUUAAAAAUAACAGAGCACUUCGUGUUGCAUCCGAUGCCGAUACCCUUCAGCGUCAGAAUUCCAACACCUCACAAACUACUCAGAAGCACAAAAGGCUGAACCGAGAUAUUCAACACGCUGUCGAUGGGAUAAAUUUUGUCGUGGAACAUGUUCGUACGGCGAACAAAUUCGGAAGCACUGUUCGGGACUGGAAAUACGUUGCAAUGGUUCUGGACCGACUGUUUCUGUGGAUUUUUGCUAUUUCAUGUGUAAUAGGAACGGGAAAAAUAAUUCUGGACGCCCCUGCUUUGUACGAAGUCAGAGAAUCCAUUCCAAAAGACUGCCUUGGAAUUGUUAGCGGAGAUGAUGCCUGGUUCUGCGUAUCGACGAGUGAUGAUAAUGAGUUGGAUGUAUUUUGAUUAAUAAUGCUUCAAACGGUGGGUUUGCGAAAACUGUGUACUCGAACUAACAUUAAGGAAAAGGCCACACUGACCUUAGGCCUGGGCCGCCUGGCUAGAGAAUUAAUCACUUAUUCUGCUAGCUGCCUUUACGAGCAGGACUUCGUAUUGUACAGAAAUAUUCUUUUACAAAAAACAAAAUAAAAACAACCGUAAUCAGUAACGUUUUUGCAGAUGUACAUAAACUUUGAUGACAGGCAUUCAGCCCAACAAGUGCCAAUACUUGCCUAUACUAACCAAUACUGGCCAAUAUUCAACAAUAGUAAAAAAGACUGGCCAGUACUGAUAAUUUUAAUUUGUCAUUUUUCUUACUGUCAUGUCGGCAACAUAAACAAGACAGUCAUGUAGCCGUAGUACAGUCAUGUCGGUAACAGAAACACUGGUUUUCAACUUUUCAUGUUUGCGAUGGUGUCAGUCGUUGGUACGAUGCCUUAACGCAAAAGUUUGGAAGCAUGUAUAAUUCAAUUGCUCCAGUAUUAUGCAAGUAUGUAAACACUUCUACAAUCAUCGUUUUAAAUAAUACAAUGCAUGAAUUGGUUAAUUUAUUAGAACGACCAUUUGUGUACAGAACAAGUCGCGCACGACAUAAACAAUAAUAUCACAUCGGUGACUGUUUGUUUGAUUUAAAGAAGAAGCCUAUUAUUUGAAUUCAGAUAAUUUUAUUAUUUACUGCACUUUAAGAAACAACCCGAGGAAAACUUCAAAAAUAUUUUCUCCAUUAAUUCGGCCAUUCUUGAUAAGCCACAACUUUUUUUGCAGAAUUUUUCUGCACGUGUAUCCUAAUCUUGCAGCGUCAGGUGCGGAAUAUUCGAAUAUAUGCGUUAUUAUUGGAUAACAUGGUUUUAUGAAAUAUCUGAGUCAUAAAUCGUACCAAGAAACCGCCAGAAAUCGCAAUCUAAUGAAAACCCCCCAAAAUGUUUAUUCAGUUGUUUUAUAUAGCAGAUAAGCCGGUUACCAUUAUUGCUCUUAUCUUGCCUGUUACAGCAGUUUUUUGCUGCCCUUGUCGUACAAAUAAAGUUGUUGACGAAAAGAUCAAAUUGGAUUGUAUAUCAAAGUUGAGCUCCAAAUUCGAAAGUUCACCUCUAAUGGAAACCGAAGAGGACUUUCACAACUUUUGCGACAUUAUGAGAGAGGCAUCUGACUGCCUGAAUUAUACCAUGGCCACAUAUCCCAAAGUUGCGCUUUUUCGGAAAAAUAUUAUGACGCUGAAUCUUGUUCGUGGACUGAUUACCAAAAUCUGUUCUACAUCCAACGGAAGUCUUCUAGCGGUCGAAUACUCUCGCUGUCACAACGAAGUCGCCUUCAGUGAAUGCACGAAACAACUGCCUAACGCUAGACCUACGGACUUUACGGAUGAGUGCAGGAACCAGAUUUUGCAUAAUGAAUGCUAUAUGCCAUGGACGGAAAAAGCGUGCUCACCGGAAGGGCAACGGCAUUACGAACUUAUGUACAACAUUUCCAUUACGGCUUUGAUGUGCCGGUCUGGUGCUGACCGUACUGGAUCUGCAGCAGCGCAGGUUUUAUCCGUCGGAUCCGGUGUAAUUUUCACUUUGUUUUUUACAUGGAAGCGAAAAUUUAAAUUGUAAUAGGAAAAUAUUACCGCAUACAUACCGUUGCUAAUUUUUUCCAUGGAAUGCAUGCUGACUGUAGAGCACGUAGAAAUCAUACUCGUACAGUACUUUAAGUAGCGAUCAUUACAUGUGCUUGUCAGUUUCAUAUAUAUUACUAUGAUGCGUAAGUACUAGUAAUGUAACUGACAUGCUAAUUACUGUACAACUUGGUUUUCGUGUACGUAAUAAUUUUGUGCAUACAUAUAUUAGCCGAAGCUGUUCUUCUAUUCUGUAUUGCGCUGUAGUUUUAACGGUUUUUACGUUUUCUUCCUUAGCUUCACUCAAAUCAAAAUUCAACCAUAAAGUUAAUAACUCAAAGAAUUCUCGACUUUUGUGUUAAAGAUAUUACCAGGCACAACGCAUGUAUACCCAUGGGAGAAAAUUUAAAGGAAUCGCUGGCUACGGGAAAAAUCGAAAUUGAUGUUUCUUUGCAAGAGUGACAUGGCAUGCAUCACGACCACCAUUUUCAACAUAAGCAAGCAUAAUGAAUGCGAACAGAUUCAUAUUGGUGGAUAAAAAGAACCGCAAUA